GCCGCCACCGCCCACUCGGGGCUGGCCGCGGCUGGCGGCCGGGGUGCAGAGAAGGGCGAGCGCACGGCCAUGGCCCCGUGGCUGCAGCUCUGCUCCGUCUUCUUCACGGUCAACGCUUGCCUCAACGGGUCGCAGCUGGCUGUGGCCGCGGGUGGCUCCAGCCGCGCGCGGGGCGCCGACACCUGCGGCUGGAGGGGAGUGGGGCCGGCCAGCAGAAACAGUGGGCUGCACAACAUCACCUUCAGAUAUGACAACUGUACCACCUACUUGAGUCCUGUAGGGAGGCACGUGAUUGCUGAUGCCCAGAACAUCACCAUCAGCCAGUACGCUUGCCACGACCAGGUGGCAGUCACCAUUCUUUGGUCCCCAGGGGCCCUCGGCAUCGAAUUCCUAAAAGGAUUUCGGGUAAUACUGGAGGAGCUGAAGUCCGAAGGAAGACAGUGCCAACAACUGAUUCUAAAGGACCCAAAGCAGCUCAACAGUAGCUUCAAAAGAACUGGAAUGGAAUCUCAACCUUUCCUGAAUAUGAAAUUUGAAACUGAUUACUUUGUAAAGGUUGUCCCUUUUCCUUCCAUUAAAAACGAAAGCAAUUAUCACCCUUUCUUCUUCAGAACCCGCGCCUGUGACCUGUUGUUGCAGCCAGACAACUUGGCCUGUAAACCCUUCUGGAAGCCUCGGAACCUGAACAUCACCCAGCAGGGUUCUGAUAUGCAGGUGUCCUUCGACCAUGCACCGCACAACUUUGGCUUCCGUUUCUUCUAUCUUCAUUACAAGCUCAAGCACGAAGGACCCUUCAAGCGAAAGACCUGUAAGCAGGAGCAAAAUACAGAGACAACCAGCUGCCUCCUUCAAAAUAUUUCUCCAGGGGAUUAUGUAAUUGAGCUGGUAGACGACACUAAUACAACAAGAAAGGUGAUGCAUUAUGCCUUAAAGCCAGUGCAUUCCCCGUGGGCUGGGCCCAUCAGAGCUGUGGCUAUCACUGUGCCGCUGGUUGUCAUAUCGGCAUUUGCAACGCUCUUCACUGUGAUGUGCCGCAAGAAGCAACAAGAAAAUAUAUAUUCACAUUUAGAUGAAGAGAGCUCUGAGUCCUCCACGUAUGCUGCAGCACUUCCCAGAGAGAGACUCCAGCCGCGGCCAAAGGUCUUCCUCUGCUAUUCCAGUAAAGAUGGCCAGAAUCACAUGAACGUCGUCCAGUGUUUCGCCUACUUCCUCCAGGACUUCUGUGGCUGUGAGGUGGCUCUGGACCUGUGGGAAGACUUCAGCCCCUGCAGAGAAGGGCAGAGAGAAUGGGUCAUCCAGAAGAUCCACGAGUCCCAGUUCAUCAUUGUGGUGUGUUCCAAAGGCAUGAAGUACUUUGUGGAUAAGAAGAACUACAAACACAAAGUUGGCGGCCGAGGCUCGGGGAAAGGGGAUCUCUUCCUGGUUGCCGUGUCGGCCAUUGCUGAGAAGCUCCGCCAGGCCAAACAGAGUUCAUCCGCGGCGCUCAGCAAGUUCAUCGCAGUCUACUUUGAUUAUUCCUGUGAGGGAGACGUCCCCGGCGUGCUGGACCUGAGCACUAAGUACAAACUCAUGGACAACCUUCCCCAGCUCUGUUCCCACCUGCACUCCAGAGGCCAUAGCCAGCCCGAGCCAGGGCAGCAUCCGGGACAUGGCGGCAGAAGAAACUACUUCCGGAGCAAAUCCGGCAGGUCCCUGUACGUCGCCAUCUGCAAUAUGCACCAGUUUAUCGACGAGGAGCCCGACUGGUUUGAGAAGCAGUUCGUUCCCUUCCAUCCUCCCCCACUACGCUACCGGGAGCCAGUCCUGCAGAAGUUUGACUCGGGCUUGGUUUUAAAUGAUGUGUGCAAACCAGGGCCUGACAGCGAGUUCUGCCUAAAGGCCGAGGCGGCCGUUCUUGGGGCAAGUGGGCCGGUCGACUCACAGCCGGAGGGCCAGCGCGGGAGCCUGGAUGAAGACGCUGAGGUCCGGCCUGCGCCUGACGGCGGCUCCGCCCUGCAGCCCCUGCUGCACUCGGUGAAAGCCGGCAGCCCCUCGGACAUGCCGCGAGACUCAGGCAUUUACGACUCGUCCGUGCCUUCGUCCGAGCUGUCUCUGCCUCUCAUGGAAGGACUUUCAACCGACCAGACGGAAACGUCUUCCCUGACAGAGAGCGUGUCCUCUUCCUCGGGCCUGGGUGAGGAGGAGCCUCCUGCCCUUCCUUCCAAGCUCCUCGCCUCUGGGGUGUGCAAAGCAGAACUUGGUUGCUGCAGCUACACUGAUGAACUUCACGUUGUUGCCCCUUUGUAAUGAAAUGAAAAGAGUCUAAGCAUUGCCACUUUAGCUGCCGCCUCUCUGGCUCCCAGCUCAUCUCUCUGGUUGUGUAGCCCACUUGGAGCUGAGGUCUCAUUCAAGGAUAUUUGGAGUGAAAUUCUGGCCAGUAUUUGCUACCCCUUGCCCCAACCCUCUACCACAUAUCUUGGCAAAGUCUCUGAUUUUCUAAAACCAUAUGGAGUCUGAAAGUCAUGUCCAUAAGGUCUGACAACGGCUUGCCACAUUAGGUCAGUCCUUGGAUCAGAGCCUGUUCUGGGAGUUGGAGAGAAAACAUGUAAAGAGAAACAGGAAGAUACCUGCACUGAUGAUUGAGACUUUAUUGAGCUCUGCAAACUUUGCCUAUUCAUUGUUGGCUACUUUCAUUUGAAGUGCUUUGUGGAAAAAGCACUUUUAAUGUCAUAGCCACAAAAAUCAAGUGUCAGUAUAUCUGGAGUCCAUAUCAUAUUGCUGAUGAUGUUUCUAUUUUUGAUGUGGAACUUACAAUGCCAUGGGCGUUAAAUAAGCUUUGAGUUAAAGGUCAAAAAAGUGACUGAAUAUACAGUUGCUUUGUAUAAAAUGAGUCUCUGUGUAUUACUGAGUGGCGUGGCUGGCCGGAGUUGGGGCCACAGGGCCAGGCUGUCUUGAUCAUUCCAUCUGGGAUGGGUUGGGCAAAAUGCAGAAGGUACCAGACACCUCAACACACGGAGCUUCCCCGUGGUCUGAGUAGGCACCAUGCAGGGGCCAGAUUAGCCUGCCAGGUUUCCCUGGGAAACUUACAUUUUCUGUGCUCUAUCUCAGAUGUUGGUGUCUGGAAGUUUAUUUUUAAGAGACUGAUACCCAGCUGGGCUGUAUUAUUGGAACUUGCAGUUUGUGCUUCUGUUGGCCUUCUGGUCUAAAGAUGUGUCCUGAAUAUUAGGGAUCAGAAUUCACUGAAAUACAGCAGUGUGUGGAGGCGGGGACCAGUUAAUCUGCUGGACUGGUUUUGACUAAUUACAAACCUCUUAUUAAGAAGGUAGAAAGGAUGGGAAGUAACAUAACU